UCUCAAUUCAGUCAACCUUUCAAUCCAAAUCAAAAGAUCUAAUUUCCCGGCCAAAUUCCUCCAUGUCUUCUUCAGAUUCUUCACCAACAUCCCAAAUCGCUCCUCCCAACGAUCCUCCUUACGCCAAGCACGACAACCACAAUUCCGCAGAAAUGUUACCCCCCAAAGCGAAAUUCGUCCGCGAGUUCGAGCGCAACAACAGCCUCACACGCAAAUCCACAUCGACAUCCACAACCCCAUCCUCCAAAAUCUUCACCCACAAUCUAAACUACACCUUCACGGCCCCCUCGGUCCCAGACAUGACCUACUUCGCCCGCAUCCUGCACUACCAACGCUACGGCCACGACGGCCUCGCCUGCUCCGGCGCGUGCUCGAGUAAUUUCACGCUGCCCAUGUACGAGAAGCAGGAGUACAUGUCACCUUACCAAGUACGAUACACGGAGCGCCCCGGUUCGCGGGGCUCGUUGAAGAGUGAUAAGUCCUUUGAUGUCGCGGGAUACCGGCGACAGCUAGCGGCUGCGGGGGUGAGGAAGAGAAAGUGGAAUACGUUUUGGGCUGUUAUUCUUGCGUUGUUGAUUAUUUUCUUUGGGGCGGGUGUUUUGGCCUUUGUUCUAUUGUCGAUUCAAGUGAGAUGA